AUGCUAAUACUACUUGUAUGGUUGGUAAGACUUAUUGUUGCACUUCCAGACCUGAGUCAGUCAUGUAUUACAAAUAAAAACAUCCCAUUCACAGGAUACAAAAUCGAAUACCAAUUAAGACUAAAUACUUUCCAAUGCGAAUAUCAUAUGAUUUAUUGCAACGACAACAAGCUUAUUUAUGACAUGAAUCUAAAUGAUACAAUUCCCUGGACCCAUCCUAUCCACUUCAGCAAAACCAACAGGUCCAACACAUUAAUCCUAGCACGAAGGAAAUCAUUUGCUUUGAGAUGUAUACCGAUUUAUUUACCAAAUACCUUAGUUGGAUCACUUUAUUACAAUCCUACUUCACAGCCAGUCACAAAUAAUACAAAAUUACAAAGUGUCCCUUUGGUAGCAGCAAACAUUCAUAGAAGUUGGAUUGAAAUGAAUUACAAACUUGAAUUCACUUAUCAUGUUCCGUUACUAACGACACCAGGUAUAGAUAGUCGGCGAUUUCAAAUUGGUAUGUUUAAAGAACAGAAUAAGAAUAAUUGGAAUGAAUAUAUCUCCAUAACAGAAAGUUAUGACUUCAAAUACGACCUGAGAAUCGUUGUUCGGAAAGCCAUAGAUCGAGUAUUGACACAAAUUAAUUUAUUAAUCAAUACCAGCAAAUUUGUGAAGAAAAAAAUUGAUAUGAGUAACAUAUCAAAAAGAACUUCCAGGGUGUUUUGGAAAUUAGUAAUGUUAUCUAAGGUUUUGAAGCAUGAAACUUUUGAUAUGAUUCUUGUUAAGAUCGAUAAAUUUUUGCAGUAUUAA